AGUGGAUCAUGUCAUCAACCAUGGGAUGACCCUGAGGGAAGCUGGCCAAUGCGUUCAGCCUAAACUGAGCCGCUACACUGUGGCAGGCAUCAUUAGGACAUUUCGAAAUGAGAAUCGAAUUGCUAGACGUCCAGAUGUUGGGGGCAGAGGCAGAAUGUUCACUCCAGAGCAAGAGACCCAUAUAGUGAACAUGGUGAUUGCCAAUAAUGCAAUAAGACUGCGUGAAAUACAGCAGCGCAUAAUUGAUAAUGACACCAUCUUUCAAAAUAUACACAGUGCAAGCAUUUCUGCACUGAGUCGUGUACUUGUGCGCCACAGAAUAAGAAUGAAGCAAAUUUACAGAGUUCCUUUCGAGAGAAACACAGAACGUGUAAAGCAACUGCGAUAUGACUAUGUGCAGAGAGUGAUGGAACUAGAAGCAGAUGCAAUGGGACAUGAGCUACUUUUUGUGGAUGAGGCCGGUUUUAACCUCAGUAAAACCAGGAGACGUGGCAGGAACAUUAUUGGACACCGUGCCAUCAUCAAUGUCCCAGGACAACGUGGUGGUAACAUAACCAUGUGUGCAGCUAUAAGCCAAAAUGGUGUUGUUCACCAUCAUGCAACCAUAGGCCCAUACAACACUGCACACAUUAUUGCAUUCCUGGACACCUUGCAUGACAUGCUCACUGUUCAGAGACCAGAGCAGACCCGAUAUGUCAUCAUAUGGGACAAUGUUGGUUUCCAUAGGGCUGCUUUGGUCCGCAACUGGUUUACAGACCACCCAUCCUUCACUGUACUCAUCCUCCCCCCAUACUCUCCAUUCUUAAAUCCCAUCGAGGAGUUCUUCUCUGCCUGGUGCUGGAAAGUGUACGACCAUCAUCCUCAUCAACAGGUAGCCCUUUUACAGGCAGUGGAGGAGGCAUGUGGAGACAUUGACCAGGCAUCAUGUCAGGCCUGGAUACGGCAUUCAAGGAGAUAUUUUCCCCGGCGCCUUGGACUGGAGGAUAUCGCAUGCGACGUGGACGAAAUUUUGUGGCCGGACCCAGAAAGACAACAUGAUGUAGGCUGA